GUUUCAUACCAUUCAAGGAGAGCCAUGGCUUGUUUUUUAGAAGAGGAAAAAAGAGACAGCAAAAACCACGAAUCUUAUUUACAUUCCUCGCCGAUGCCGAAGGAUUUGGCAGAGAAACUAUUUGGUUUCUGUGCAUCUCAGACCAUAAUAUCAAGCUUCAACCUCGGUAUCUUCGAUGUUAUACACGAUUCUACUGACUCAAUCUCUGCUAAAGAAAUAGCCAAGCAACUAAACACGAACGAGGAAGCUACAGUUCGACUCUUAGACACUUUGGUAUCAUUAGAUCUACUGAAGAAAGAAUCGAGAGACGAAACUGACUUCUAUUACAAUACAGCCACAUCCAACAAGUUUCUUGUCCAUAAGAGUCCUAAUUCAAUCAAAGGGAUUAUGCCAAUGAUUGAGAAAAGCUAUAAACUCUAUGGGAAUCUUCAAUGGGCAGUUCUUGAAGGAGAAAACCAGUGGAGACGAACGUACAAUGGGUUUAUUUCAAGAUUGUUUUUCUUUGCAGUUGAUGUUUAUCGUUACCUCUUCGAUGCAUCCUGGGACAUGUUUUCUCUUAUUUAUUUGACUAAAAAGGGAGUUAAGAUGUUUUUGGAGGGUCUACGAGCCUCAUGUAAGCCUGAAGCUGAAAAACUGAUGUCGGCUUUCGACCUGAGUGGAUUUAACUGUAUGUGUGAUUUAGGAGGUGGAACAGGUGACAUUGCAUAUGCAGCCUCAAAGCUCUACCCAAACAUGGCAAUCACAGUGCUUGAUCUACCWGCUGUAGUAGCAUGCUCCUCAUCAUUUGAACCAUCAAUACAUGAAUGCCCCACAAAACAUAGAGUUCAUUUCAAAUGUGGAGAUUUUUUCAAGGACAUCUUACCAUCAGCUGACCUAUAUAUUCUUACUCGCAUCCUGCAAAGUUUUGAUGAAGACAACAUACUCUUUAUACUGAAAAAAGUCUUCAGCAGCCUUCCAUCAGGAGGUGGAAUUCUGGUUUGUGAGAAGGUUCUGGACGAUGACAAGAGUGGUCCAUUGCUUGGUAAUCUCUCCUCGUUAUCUAUGCUUGUAGCGGGAAACAAAGGAUCCCGAGAGAGAUCUGGGAAGGAGUAUCGAGACUUAUUAGAAUCUUGUGGAUUUUGUAAUGUGCGAGUUAAGCGUAAWGUUGGUACAUUCAUGGACGCCGUAUUUGCUGUAAAAAUAAAAGCAUAAUUUGUAGAAAAAUCAAA